AUGCACAAUGUAUUGUAUUACAUCAUAGCUUUAUAUACACCAUGUCUACUAUUACAUCAUAACUUUAUAUACACAAUGUCUACUAUUACAUCACAGCUUUAUAUAUACCAUGUUUACUAUUACAUCAUAGCUUUAUAUACACACAUUAUAUACACCAUGUCUACUAUUACAUCACAGCUUUAUAUACACCAUGUUUACUAUUACAUCAUAGCUUUAUAUACACCAUGUUUACUAUUACAUCAUAGCUUUAUAUACACAAUUCUACUAUUACAUCAUAGCUUUAUAUACACCAAGUCUACUAUUACAUCACAGCUUUAUAUACACCAUGUUUACUAUUACAUCAUAGCUUUAUAUACACAAUGUGUACUAUUACAUCAUAGUUUUAUAUACACCAUGUCUACUAUUACAUCACAGCUUUAUAUACACCAUGUUUACUAUUGCAUCAUAACUUUAUAUACACCAUGUUUACUAUUACAUUAUAGCUUUAUAUACACAAUGUCUUGUAUUACAUCAUAG